AUGACCCACCGUAUAGAUCUAAGUUCAAAUUCACUCGAAGAAUCUUUACCCUUAUUAGGUAUCGACAAAAAAAAGGAGGAGAAUAGAAAAGAAACUGACACCCAAAAUGAAAUACAAUCUAAUGAAUCUCCUUUAAUAAAUAUAAACAAACAAUUAAAACUAGUAGUAACUAGUGAAAGAGAGGAAAGUUCGAAUGAACAACAUGAAAUAAUUAUUAAGCAUCCAGUAUAUGAUGAAGGGGGGAAAGUAAAAAACGAAGCAUUAGAUAGAAUUAAGAGAGCAAAAUACUUUUCCAUACUUUUCGAUUGUACGCCUGACGUAUCUCAUAAGAAACAAUUGACAGAAAUAAUUCGAUACGUACGCAUCAUUGAUAAAGAAGUUACAAUUGAAGAGACUUUUAUUGAUUUUAUAGCUACACAGGAAAAAAAGGGUGUUGGAUUAGCUGGUGAAAUAACCAAAAAAUUGUUUGAUGAUGGAUUAGAUAUUAAUGAUUGCAGAGGCCAAGGCUUCGAUAAUGGUUCUAAUAUGGCUGGUAUUUAUAAUGGUGUACAAGCGCAUAUCUUACAAAAAAAUAAAUUGGCUGUGUUUGUUCCUUGUGCUGCACACAGUCUGAAUUUGGUUGGAGUGCACGCAGCAGAAACAUCUUCAACUAUCACUACAUUUUUUGGAAUAGUUCAAAAAAUGUAUACAUAUUUUUCUGGAUCAACAUCAAGGUGGGAAAAGUUAAAGAGUAUAAUAAAUGUUACGUUCAAAUCGCACUGUGGUACGCGUUGGUCUACAAAAAAACAAGCUAUUUCAGCUAUUAAAAACAAGAUAGAAAGUAUUGUUAAAUUAUUAAAAACUCUAAGCGAUGAUAUUACUCUCAACCACGAUACAAGAGAGGGUGCUAAAAAUUUAAUUUAUCAAAUUAAUUUAAAAUUUAUAUGCUUGAUUAACUUUUGGAAUGACGUAUUGAGUCAAAUAUUGAUCACCCUUAUAAAUGGUCUAAUUCGAUCAAUCGAAGAAAUUAGAAAAAUUGAAUUCGAAAAUGCAUUAGAUGAAGCGAAAAAUACAGCGAAAUGUUUAAAUAUUUCAUCAGAAUUUAAAGAUAAACGUAAACGCAAGAUUCCAAGGAAGGAUUCAUGUGAAGCAGACGAUGAAGGAUCAAUAUCAGAUGACAACAACCUAAGAAUCCAGUGUUUUCAAUCAUUAGACUCAAUUUUUACAAGUCUAAGGUGGAGAUUUGAAAAAAUAUCAGAAAAUAAAUCAGAAUACCAAUUUUUAACUGGAAAUUGUUUAAAGAUUAUGUCAUCCGAUGAAAUAAAACGUUGGGUUAAUGAUUUGACGCUUAAGUAUGAAAAUGAUAAGAUGGUCCUGAACUAUUUUUGGAAAUUGAAAAAUUUAAAUUUCAAGCUUCUAAAUUAA